AUGACCUCGCCAACACAUGAGGCGGCUGAACGUGUGCCCACUGUCCGAGACAAUGGCCAUCGUGCCUCCGCAGAUCUCGCAGCCGCUAGACCUUUAUCCCCGUUGGACGCUCCCUUGCCGCCUUUGCCCGUCUCGCCACAGACGACCGAGGCGGCAACGCCUGUUCCUCAUCGCGCUGAGCCUGUGAGCCCCGAGCAGCAACAUGCCCAAGCUGCACAGCCAGGGGCUCCUCAGCGUGAUGCUGCAGUCGUGAAUGCUGUCACAGACCCAGAGCAGCAACACGGCGUGCACACUGAGAAAAAGCCCCCCUUCUUCUUCGCCUGGAAGGGCCAGCAUAUGCUCCUCAUUAUUCUCGCCUUUCUCCUUGCCGUUGUCGGUCUCAGCCUGUCCGGGCAUGCUGCCGCCGCGGGCGCCUUCGAUCUAAGCGACGGAAACGCAGUUCUUGCCAUUCCCCUGCCCAUUUACGUCCUCACCAUCAUCUUUGCCAUUGCCGAGACCGCCGUGCGCGCGUCCUUGAAGUUUUCUCGGGGUUUGCACCCAUCCGUUCAUGCGGGUGUCUGGCUCAUCUGCUGGAUCGUAUACGCCGGCCUCAUUGCCAUGUUUGCCAUUGUCCUCCACUGGACAAUCGUUGACGGAUAUUACGAAGACGACCACACCCCUUUGGGACCGCUAUCCAUCGCCCAGUUUGUCAUCCUCAUCCUGCUCUGCCUCAACACAUUGACUCUCUUCAUCAUGGCCUGCGUCGACACGCAAGCCUACAACGUCGCCAAGGCCACGCCGCCCGCUGCUGAUGCCUCGGGAAACAUUGACCCCAACCACCACGAAGACCGUUCGUGGCGCAUGACAAAGGUCAUCUUCAACGUCUUGAUCAUUGUAUUUUCCAUUAUCGGCUUCGCCAUUGGCCUGUCCAUGGUGCGGUUCCGCGACAACUACAUGGCCAGCAGCAUCGUCUUUCCCGCCUGCGCCUGCGCCCUGCUGGUCCCCAUCGUCUGGGCAGUCAGCGACUUGUGCUUUGCUCUCACCGGCCCGCGCCGCCGAUUUCUCCAGGGCGUGCACCCGGGUGCCCACGUCGGAGUGUGGCUCGUUUCGUGGAUCCUCCUGGCGAUUGUCGGCGGCAUCCUUACCACCUCUGCAAUCAUCAGCCUAGCGCAGUGCAACGACUACUGGGGUGGCGACAUUCGUCGCUCCGUUGGCGUAGACGUCUACGCGUUUCGUCAUGUGCCCGCUGUCGAUGCUGUUGUCGUUACUGUCCAUGUCCGUCAAAUCAACGCUCCCACAUCCACCAACCUACUUGCAACUCCUACAGCCACGCACAACAGCAUAAACACAAUGGUACCUACCAGUACAAGGAUCCGCGGUAGCCUUCCUACAACCACCACCUCGCCGCUCGACCGUGAUCCAUACGAUCCUUACCUCAAGGGGUCUGAUGACGAUCCGUACGAGGACCCGUACUAUCCUUACCGGCCACCCACCAGCCGCUCUUCCGGUAGCCGGCCUACGAGCAGCUCUUCCAGUAGCCGUCCCACGAGCAGCGACUACGGCAGCAGCUCGUCUGGCAAUGGCCGGUCGGACAGUGACCGCUACCGCGGCUACCACAACGACCCGUACGACAACGAGCAUCGUGCUUUCUGCGUGCAAAAGGGCAUCAAAGGACCCAUGAUUGCCACCUGCGUCUUUCUCUGGAUCGUCUUUGUCUUUGCUUUUGUGCUCUUCGUCGCGGCAUGCGCCGACACAUACCUCCGCAACCACCUGCGCAACCCCUACACAGUCGUGUAUGUGCCCGUCGCGGCGCCGUACCACUACCCGCAGCAGCCCUUCUAUUCGGGCGCGGGGAUGCCGGGUGUCGGGAAGCAGCCCGCCAUGACGCAGACGCCCGUUAUGCAGCAGCAGCAGCAGCAGCAGCAGCAGCAGCCGGUUCGGCCUGCGCAGGGAAACAUAGUUGAGUAUUAUGGACACGCGCAAUAG